AUGUCGAACACACUUCCUGGUAAAGGACAUGUUCCCAUGUCACCGUUUGGAGAUACUUUUCAAUUUGAAGAUAAUAGUAGCAAUGAAGAUACGCAUAUUGGACCAACCCACAUUGAUGAUGGUGCCCAAACUAAUAAAUAUAGCCGACCACAGGUCAGUUUCAAUGACGAACCGCCCAAGAGUAAGCGGGAAGAAGCAGAUGAAUUCACUUUUAAUGACGACACAGAAUACGACAACCAUUCAUUUGAGCCAACACCGAAACUAAAUAAUGGGUCCGGAACGUUUGAUGAUGUGGAACUGGACAACGAUAAUGAGGAACCACAGGCUAGUCACCAUGGUAUGAGGAGAUUCCGAAUGGGUACAAAAAGAAAUAAGAAAGGUAACCCAAUAAUGGGGAGAUCCAAGACCUUAAAAUGGGCCAGGAAGAACAUCCCUAACCCGUUCGAAGAUUCCACAAAAGAUGAUAUUGACCCUGGUGCCAUAAAUCGCGCACAAGAGCUAAGAACUGUGUAUUAUAAUAUGCUUUUACCAAAAGACAUGAUAGAUGAAGAAGGCAAUCCUAUUAUGCAGUAUCCUCGUAAUAAAAUCAGAACCACUAAAUAUACCCCGCUAACAUUCUUCCCCAAAAACAUUUUAUUCCAAUUCCAUAAUUUUGCUAAUGUUUAUUUCUUAGUUUUGAUUAUUCUAGGUGCAUUCCAGAUCUUUGGUGUUACAAAUCCUGGUUUAAGUGCUGUCCCAUUGGUUGUUAUUGUUAUUAUCACCGCUAUAAAGGAUGCUAUUGAAGAUUCAAGAAGAACUGUCCUGGACUUAGAAGUGAACAAUACUAAAACGCAUAUCUUGGAGGGUGUUGACAAUGAAAACGUCUCAGCAGAUAAUAUCUCAUUGUGGAGAAAGUUUAAAAAGGCAAAUUCAAAGCUUCUCUUUAGGUUUAUACAGUACUGUAAAGAACAUUUAACUGAAGAAGGUAAAAUGAAAAGAAUGCAAAGGAAACGUCAUGAACUAAGAGUGCAAAAGACUGCUGGAACGAGCGGACCAAGAUCUUCCCUAGACUCCAUCGACAGUUAUCGAGUAUCGGCAGAUUAUGGCCGUACUUCGCUAGAUUAUGAUAAUUUGGGACAGGAGGUUUCUGAGGUGAAUAUAGUUGACAGAUCCCUGCCAGCUAGAACAGAUUGUAAGUUUGCGAAGAGUUAUUGGAAAAGUGUCAAGGUUGGCGAUAUUGUUCGUAUCCAUAACAAUGAUGAGAUCCCUGCUGACAUCAUAUUACUUUCAACCUCAGACGCAGAUGGUGCCUGUUACUUGGAAACCAAGAAUUUGGAUGGUGAAACAAAUCUGAAGGUACGCCAAUCGUUGAAGUGUACCAAUACUAUAAGAACUUCAAGAGAUAUUGCUAGAACAAAGUUCUGGAUCGAAAGUGAAGGCCCUCACUCAAAUUUGUACACUUAUCAAGGUAAUGCGAAAUGGAAAAGUCUUGCAGAUGGUGAGACGCGAAAUGAGCCUAUUACUAUCAAUAAUGUUCUACUUCGUGGUUGCACUCUUAGGAAUACCAAGUGGGCAAUGGGUAUUGUCAUGUUUACAGGUGAUGAUACAAAAAUUAUGUUAAACUCCGGUAUAACUCCUACCAAGAAGUCAAGGAUUUCAAGAGAGUUGAACUUUUCUGUCGUGAUCAAUUUUGCGCUUCUUUUCAUCUUAUGCUUUGUUUCUGGUAUUGCCAAUGGUGCAUAUUACGAUAAAAGAGGGAGAUCUCGGUUUUCUUAUGAAUUUGGGACAAUUGCCGGCUCAGCAGCAACAAACGGUUUUGUCUCAUUUUGGGUUGCUGUUAUCCUUUAUCAAUCUCUAGUCCCCAUCUCAUUGUAUAUUUCAGUUGAAAUCAUCAAGACUGCGCAGGCGGCUUUUAUCUACGGGGAUGUUUUACUCUACAAUGCAAAGCUAGAUUAUCCUUGCACCCCAAAAUCUUGGAAUAUUUCUGACGAUUUAGGUCAAGUAGAAUAUAUUUUCUCGGAUAAGACAGGUACAUUAACACAAAAUGUAAUGGAAUUUAAAAAAUGCACCAUUAAUGGUGUCUCAUAUGGUAGGGCUUAUACAGAGGCGUUGGCAGGGUUGAGAAAAAGACAAGGUAUAGAUGUCGAAAGCGAAGGAAGACGAGAGAGAGCCGAAAUUGCCAAGGAUAGAGAUACAAUGAUUGAUGAAUUAAGAGCUUUAUCGGGAAAUUCGCAGUUUUAUCCUGAAGAGGUUACUUUCGUAUCGAAGGAGUUUGUUCGCGAUUUAAAAGGUGCCAGUGGCGAAAUGCAGCAAAGAUGCUGUGAGCACUUUAUGCUUGCGUUAGCGUUGUGUCACUCUGUUCUGGUAGAGGCAAAUCCGGAUGAUCCAAAAAAACUCGAUCUAAAGGCACAAUCUCCAGAUGAAGCUGCAUUGGUAGCAACUGCCAGAGAUGUAGGGUUCAGUUUUGUAGGGAAGACUAAAAAGGGUUUAAUAGUUGAAAUGCAGGGCAUUCAAAAAGAGUUCGAGAUUCUGAAUAUUCUGGAGUUUAAUUCAUCCAGAAAGAGAAUGUCUUGUAUUGUUAAAAUUCCAGGUCCAAAUCCAGAAGAUGAGCCUAAGGCGCUUUUAAUAUGCAAAGGUGCUGAUUCUAUUAUAUACUCAAGACUAAGUCGCCAAAGUGUUAGCAACGAUGAAACAGUUUUGGAAAAGACUGCUCUGCAUUUAGAACAGUAUGCUACUGAGGGUCUAAGAACCCUAUGUAUAGCUCAAAGAGAGUUGACUUGGUCUGAAUACGUAGAAUGGAAUGUGAAGUAUGAUAUUGCUGCCGCAUCACUAGCCAACAGAGAAGACGAAUUAGAAGUUGUUGCAGAUUCUAUCGAGCGUGAAUUGAUAUUGUUAGGUGGUACGGCUAUCGAAGAUCGUCUACAGGACGGUGUUCCGGAUUGCAUAGAAUUACUUGCAAAGGCAGGGAUCAAAUUGUGGGUUCUUACAGGUGAUAAAGUUGAAACAGCCAUAAAUAUUGGGUUCUCUUGCAAUCUUUUGAAUAACGAGAUGGAACUUCUGGUUAUCAAAGCAACUGGUGACGAUGUGAAAGAAUUUGGGUCAGAGCCAAGUGAAAUUGUGGAUGCCUUACUUUCUAAAUAUUUAAAACGGUGCUUUGGCUUAAAUGGUUCAGAAGAAGAAAUUUUUGAAGCAAAGAAGGAUCACGAGUUUCCAAGGGGUAACUAUGCUGUGGUUAUUGACGGUGAUGCGUUGAAAUUAGCAUUAUAUGGUGAAGAUAUAAGAAGAAAGUUUCUCUUACUUUGUAAGAACUGCAGAGCAGUUUUAUGCUGCAGAGUUUCUCCAUCUCAAAAAGCAGCUGUCGUUAGAUUGGUCAAGGACUCGCUAGAUGUUAUGACCUUGGCCAUUGGUGAUGGUUCCAACGAUGUUGCCAUGAUCCAAUCUGCAGAUGUCGGUAUUGGUAUUGCCGGUGAAGAAGGACGACAAGCCGUUAUGUGCUCGGAUUAUGCCAUUGGUCAGUUCAGAUAUUUGGCUAGAUUGAUACUUGUACAUGGCAGGUGGUCCUACAAAAGAUUGGCAGAAAUGAUUCCUGAGUUUUUUUACAAAAACAUGAUUUUUGCUCUGGCAUUGUUUUGGUAUGGUAUCUAUAAUGAUUUCGAUGGGUCAUACCUGUAUGAGUACACGUACAUGAUGUUCUAUAACUUGGCAUUCACGUCUUUGCCUGUUAUAUUCUUAGGUAUUUUGGAUCAGGACGUGAACGACACAAUAUCACUAGUGGUUCCUCAGUUAUACCGUGUUGGUAUUCUAAGGAAAGAGUGGAACCAAAGGAAAUUUUUAUGGUACAUGCUAGAUGGGUUGUAUCAGUCUGUUAUCUGCUUUUUUUUCCCCUAUUUGGUAUAUCAUAAGAAUAUGAUAGUUACAAGUAAUGGAUUAGGACUAGACCAUCGUUAUUUUGUUGGUGUUUAUGUGACCACCAUUGCCGUAAUAUCAUGCAACACUUAUGUUCUGUUGCAUCAGUAUAGGUGGGACUGGUUCAGCGGUCUAUUCAUUGCACUUUCGUGUCUCGUAGUUUUUGCAUGGACAGGGAUAUGGUCUUCCGCAAUAGGAAGUCGAGAAUUUUUCAAGGCUGCAGCACGUGUCUAUGGAGCACCAUCAUUCUGGGCUGUUUUAUUCGCUGCCUUGUUGUUCUGUUUAUUACCUCGUUUCACGUACGACAGUUUCCAAAAAUUUUUCUAUCCAACGGAUGUGGAAAUUGUAAGAGAAAUGUGGCAACACGGCCAUUUUGACCACUAUCCGGCUGGUUAUGAUCCAACAGAUCCCAACAGACCUAAAAUCACGAAAGCUGGUCAACACGGAGAAAAGGUUAUAGAAAGUAUAGCACUUUCCGACAACUUAGGCAUUUCCAACUAUUCGAGGGACAGUGUUGUUACAGAAGAGAUUCCAAUGACGUUUAUGCAUGGUGAAGAUGGAACUCCAAGCGGAUAUCAGAAACAAGAAGCCUGGAUGACUUCACCCAAGGAAACACAAGAUCUUCUUCAAUCACCUCAAUUCCAGCAGACCAAAGCGUUCAAAUCUGGUCCUGCUGCCAACUUAAGGUCGUCCUUGGAUCGCACAAGAGAGCAAAUGAUGGCAACGCAUCAGCUUGAUAACCGCUACUCUGUGGAAAGAGCGAGAACAUCUCUAGAUCUGCCGGGCGUAACUAACGCAGCUUCCCUGGUCGAAGCCCAGCGGGAAAACAUGUCAUGA